GGGAUUUCCUCGCUUGCUUGCAUCGCGUUGCUUGCUUGCUUGUUUUUGUAGGCGGGGAGUUGUUUGCCACUUUCACACGAGCGGGGCGCCGAGGGGUUGAGUCGCGGAAUGUCAGGAGCGUGUAACCAGCGUGUAACCUGUGCAGGUUCCCCUUUGCCAUAAUUAGUUUGCUCUGUGUUAUUACGCCCGGUGUGCUUUGCUUGCCCACCGUGUCCGAGCGCCUCUCUGUGGGGUUUGUCAACUCAUGCGCUUCUCGCUGGUCAAACCUGCUGCUUCAUCACCUCGUUGUGCGAAGGAAAGCGGCAGCCGAGCCAGCCAGCGGUGUUGCCAGAUCAGAACAACCAGCAGUACAGGUGGAGGCUUCUCUUGUGGCAUGAAUACCAUAAACAAAGGAAACAAGGCCUUAAAGGUGAAGCGAGAGCCUGGGGAAAAUGGUACCAGUCUAACGGACGAUGAGCUGGUCACCAUGUCGGUGCGUGAACUAAACCAGCAUUUACGGGGGCUCUCUAAAGAAGAGAUCCUGCAGCUAAAGCAGAGGCGACGCACCCUGAAGAACCGUGGCUAUGCUGCAAGCUGCCGGGUGAAGCGGGUCACCCAGAAGGAGGAGCUGGAAAAGCAAAAAGCCCAGCUGCAACAGGAAGUGGACAAGCUGGCAACAGAGAAUGCAAGCAUGAAGGUGGAGCUGGAUGCUCUGCGCUCAAAGUAUGAAGCCCUCCAGAGCUUUGCCAGGACUGUGGCGCGCAGCCCCGUCACUACAGGAAGGGGACCCAUGGCCUCUGUGAUAGGGCCCCUCAUCCCUGGUAAAGUAGCUGCCACCAGCGUCAUCACCAUUGUCAAAUCCAAAACGGAGGCCAGGUCGUAGUAGCAGAACUGGCAACGGGAUGAUUUUCACUUCUGAACUAGUCAGUGCAUUUUAACAUGGUCCAGGGUCUCCUGUGUUUUUUGUUUUAUUUUAACAGUCAUAAAAUGCUUCCUGGUUCACUCUGAGCAAUGCAACUCAGCAGUCAUCCAUUUCCUUUAAUAUAAGAUGAUAUUGUUUGUCUUUACUUAUCUCUAAUUUCUUAAUACUGACUCAAUCAAAUCUAACAAUUCAAUGCCCUCUUGCUUGUUAUUCUGCACUGACUUGAAUAAGGAUCAAUAAUGAGAGGUCACUUUCUUGGUCUUAAUGCUACAGAAGUCUUCAAAACAACUAACCCAAAACUAGCAAUUUAAGUCCAACUUGUGAUAUUUCAGUUUGUUUUGUUUUGGUGUUAGGUGUCUCUCAGUGAUGUAGGCAUAAAACAAUGCUGACAAACCUAGCGUUCGUUUCCGUUUAUGCAUCCGUGAAAGGCUUCAGUAAACUUGUCAUUAUCGACAUGACUGGUAGAUGCAAUAAUAUAUGUAUGCACUGAAAACACACAUGGAAAAAAAAGAGAUCUUGCAUAUUUAUCUUAGCGAUAUCGUUCCAGAGCUGAGUGCCAUUCCAGUAUGAUAAGAUUCUGCUACAAUAUCCGAAAACCUGAAUGUUGAUACAGUGAUACUCUCACAAUUUGUGAGGACACUCAUUUUGCUCAUAGAGAAAAUACGUCAUUUUCUUUUAAAAAUAUCUCUCUCUAUAUAUAUAUAUAUAAUUUUUUUUUGUAAUUACUUCUUAACAUGUCCGUCAGAUAUUUCCAAAAGAACGACUUUACACAAGCUUUACUGUUUGAAUUGUUAAAGUGUAGAAAACUUUGUCUAUCAUUGAGUUCUUGGUUUUUAUUACUUGGUAGAUCAAACUCCAUUGUUUAUAGAAAUACAGAAAAAGAAAACUCAUAAAAAAAAAUCCUGUGACAUCUCUUUUGCAAUUGUACCGAAAGUGGCUUAUUAUUGAAGUCUGAUAGCUUUUUUCUAGUGACUAGGCGCGUACAGUGGGAUAGCGCGUAAUGUGACGUAUAAGUGGCAAGUUGGCGGUGUUGUUCACUGUAUAGAUGUCAACGCUGUGCUAAAAAAAAAAAAAUCAAACUAAUCUGUAGAGCUAAACUAGGUGGUGUGAACAAGGUCAGUUGUCUGUGUACGUAUUGGCAUCUGUGAUAUCUUCUGCUUUCUCGGUGUUAGUUACCAAUCAUAUUGUCAUCAAGCGUUUACGUCAGCGAGCAGUGUAAGGCAGAUAUCAAUGAAAUAGUCUGUGAAUUUAAAUUAAGCUUAAACUAAACAUAUGCUGCACCUGAUGUUGGAUACCUUCAAAAUAUAUCAUCUGUGACCUGAAAAUAAAGAACUUUAUUGUUGGGAAGAUCUCAUUAGUUUUCCAGCCACUUGCUAACUACAGUUCUUUUCAGAAGUUUACAUACACUCAUUGACAUGAAGGACAUUAAUUGGAGUCUUUUAAUGCAUAUUUUUCCAUAUUAUUAUUAUUGAUAAUUUUCCUUCCUCUGGGGUAAACUCACAAUAUAAUAUAUAACUUUUAUAUUUUUUAAUACUAAAAAUUGAAUGGACAAAUUUGUGUGCACCCCAAAUACUACUUAAUUAGAUUUUCCUAAGCAAGGUACCGAUAAACCAAAUAUUUUUUGUAGCUACCAGCAGCAUUCUGUCUGAAUAUUUUACAACUGUCUUUUGUAGAAAUUAUUGCGUUAAUCUAAAUUGCUUUGAUUUCUUUCCUCAGCUUAUCUUCUUGGACUCAUUAUUGUGGCCAAAUAGCUCAAUCUUUAAAUUUCAGUCCACAGUGAUGUUAGACUUGUUCCACUGUGAACGGUAACACUGCUGCAGUCCUAGCGUCUUUCACUUCAUCAUCAGCUUUAGUCUUAGUUGUUUCUUUGUUGUUUCUAGACAUCUGAACAAAUUUUUCUGUAAUCUGUGGGUAAUAAUUUGGGUAAAAUAGUUUAAACAUUUUCACAGUUUUGUGUUCCAACAGAACAAUUAAACAAAACACACAUUUUGCCUGUGUGUAGAUUUAAAUAUCUACAAUAAAUUUAAACUUUAGGCCCUGACUUGGAUUUUUUGUUGCAUAUUUACCUUGGAUAAAAUGCACAAUUGAAAGCUCAAAAUUUAUGUGCCGUUCUUGCUCUUGCAUAUGUAUAACUUCAACUGUAGAUGGCAGAAAUACAUGCGUUAUAUUUAAAAUAUGCAGUUUCCUAAGCCUAUAUCUGGAUAAUCCACCAAAUAAAGAGGCAGAUCUUCCAUAAAUUGGCCCCUGGGUCUUUAGAUUGAAGGUGACAUGGUUCGACUGAGGGUUUGUAUGUAUGCACUAAGCUCCUGCUUGUUUUGCUCAGGACAAAACAGGCCACUAAAAAUAAAACAAACAGUUCUCAAUAAGAAGCAAAGUGGCAACAAGGAUGGCAGCUCUGUUUUCUCUCCUUUUUAUUUAUUUAUUUUUUAU